UCCUAAUUUUUUCGUUUGCACGGGAUACAGAUAUCUUCCUCCGGAGUUUUUCAUGCACGGCAUAGUCGAUGUAAAAACCGAUGUAUACGCAUUUGGAGUGCUAUUGCUAGAGCUUAUUAGUGGCCGCCCGGCUAUAGACGACGCACAUAAUAGUGUCGUGAUGUGGGCCAAACCUCUGAUAAAUAAUAAAAGUAACACAGAGAUAGUCGAUCCAUCGCUCGACGAUGAUUACGACUGGGAUCAGCUGAACCGGAUGGUCAUGGUUGCUUCUUUAUGUAUUCAUCAAUGUUCAACAGACAGGCCUCAAAUGAACCAGGUUGCGAGGAUGUUAAAAGGAGACGAAGGCGCAAUGCAGAGCAAGAAGAAGUUUCAAAAAAGGCCGGCACUAAAAAGGACAUACCCUUUGGAAGUAAUUGCAGAAGAGGAAAGCAACUCGAACAAACCUUCGACUUUGAGAAACCAAAAAAACGAGAUUGGAUUCGAAGAAGAUGACCUUAGUGAAGACGGUGACGCGAACUUGUAGAGCGCUAUAUAUGUAAAAAAAAAAAAGAAAAAAAAGGCGAGCAUUGGAGAAUGUACAGUGUUUUAUUUAACUCUCCAAGUUGCUCGAAUAAUCGCAACUUCUUGCAAGAUUAUUUAUCGUCGAAUAUUUUCUAAGGUAUAUAGGUUUUAAUUAUUUUUAUUUUUUUGGGCUGUAAAGCAGUUCACAUGAAGAGCUGUAUGUAGUAGGGAGUGGAACAGUUUGUGUUGUGAAAACUGUACAAAUGAGUUUGUAUCAACAACUCUUGUAUAGGAAAAAAAAUCAUUGUCAAUACUUACAUAAUUUAAUAG